GGAAGUAAAAUCAAUGGCAUCAAGGAGAAGGAAAGCUAGAGUUUUGUAGCUCUAUAAUUUGAUACAGUUGCCACUGCAAGUAAAACCCACAAAUUUAGAUCGAGACUCUCUUUGGACCACAAAACCUCAACCCUUUGCAGAUCUUCUUCUUCUUCUUCUUCUUCUUCUUCUUCUAUUUAUAUAUAAUCAUUCCCUUCUUUAUAGAUACAUAGAGAUAUAUAUAGCCUAUAGCUAUAGAUUGAUCAUAGAGCUUUAGAUAUUACUCGUAGGGAAUCCUAGACCAUGCUCAAUUCUCCUCACCUUCCAAACUAUUUCAUUGUAUCUUCGUCUUCUCAUCAACACAGUGUUUGUUCCUUCAAAUUCAAUCUUUCUCUUCUUGAGCCAAGAUCCAAAGGCUAGAUCUUUUUCGAGUGUAUUAGUUUUUUUGCUUGAUUUCUGAGAUGGGUUUGAGUAAUAAACAGGUUUCUGGCGAUGGGGUUGACUGGGGAGAGAGCUUUCUCCGGUCCGGCGGCUUGGAGCUGCCGAAGCCUAAUCCGGCAAGGAGGCAGACGCAGCCGCAAUCUGAGCCGUUGGCUUGCCCGAGAUGCGGCUCGACAAACACCAAGUUCUGCUACUACAACAACUACAACAAGACUCAGCCUCGCCAUUUUUGCAAGGCUUGUAAACGGCACUGGACCAAAGGUGGCACUCUUCGCAACGUUCCUGUCGGCGGCGGCCGCAAGAAGAAGCGCCUGAAAACGUCCAGCGCCAGCGCCACAACCUCCUCCGCCGCUGCCAGCAAUCUGGGUAAUCAUCUUCAAGUUCAGCAGCAGUAUCGCCAGAGUCUUCAAGAUGACUCCAUCGGCAGCACUGGAAAUUUCAGUAUGAAAAUUUUCAGCGGCAAUAAUGAGAAUUUUCUGGGUUCAUCUCUUCAAACUCCACCCUUCAUCUUCUCAUCAAACUUGAGUUCAUUUGAGAACAGUGUUAAUCCCUCUUCGAUCAUUAAUAUUCCUACCAGUUUUCAAUCUUCAGAUGCCUACAACUUCACCAUUGCUGCUCAGCCAUCAGUGGACAUGGCAAGCUACUGGAACCAGUGGGAAGAUAUUGACACACUGGUCUCAACUGAUCAGCUCAAUAUGCCUUGGGAUGAUACUGAGGUUAAACCCCAAUGAAACAUAAUUAAUCUAGCUAAUUACCCAUGUUAAUUAAUUUCUCUAGUGUGAAUUGGUGCUUUUGUGUUUGGUGGGUUUGUCAAUAAUUAUAGUUUCUUCUUAUUUGGAGGAGUCUUCUUCUUCUUCUUAGAUGUUGCUUUCUGAAAUGAACUAUCUAACCCAUAUGUGUAUCUAUGUCUUUGUAUCAACAUCUAUACUUGUCUGAUCUCUAGAGAUCACCUGUAACUAUUAUAGUGGGAUGUACACUCUUUGAAGCUGUCCUUUUAUUUCCGGCUUCAACCUAUUUUGUCCAUUUAUGCCC